GUGUCGAACAUUUCAUCGGUAAAUACUCGAGUAGGAUAGAGUACGAAAGCUAGUAUCGAUUAAACUUGAAGGUUUCCAUCCAGCUGAAACAAAUACGAUAUUAUUACCUUCGAUUAAUUGUCCAAGUUUAACCUUAAGUUCAACUUUCAUCCAAUCCGAUCCAAUCCACGGGGGAACAUCUUCAUGCAUUCCCCGGCUUGCGAUGGCCACUAUCCCCAAUCAGGGCGAUAACUCGAUAGCUACCCAUCUCGCGAGCGGCCGUCGCUGGGUCAACGGGAUUUGCAGCCCAAACGCCACAGCGAAGCUCUUCAACAGUACGAGUACACGGAUCCAAGCUCAGUUCGUCGCAAACAAAAACAAGAAUCCCUUUUCGCUUCAAUUUUCUGUAUUAAUCAUUUUUCCGCAUCCGACGAUUGUGGUAAUUUCUAUCCUUCCCUCGCGCACUCUCUCCCAUUUCCAGAGUUUCUCAGGCGAAAGCAUCGCCACACAGCGACUCUAUCUACCUUUCCUGAUAUCGCAUUUCGCGCGCAACCGAGAAACUCAAAACAAACGCUUUUAGAACCCACCGCAUAAACCACCCAAUCUCGUACGAUGGAGACAUUGAUAUGCAUGGCCUUCGACAACCUCUCCUCCAACGACCAACUCAAGAUCCGUAAAGGACUGCGCCAAAUCGAAGGGCUCCUCGCGCAAAUCUGCCUCUCCUCCCCGAGCGCGGAUAAACGCCGAUCGAUCGUCGAAUACGGAAAGGAACCGUCUCCUCCACGACCGUUGGACCAGUUAACCGAUGACCCUGCGUUCCUGCAGUUUUUCAAACUUCAAAAUGGAUUUGAGUGUAAUAUUAUAUCGCGGUUGUUGAAUUGUUUGGAUCGGUUGUUGGGAAAGGCACAGGAGGGGACCUAUGAUUUGUUGAUUAUACAGACGUUGGAUUUGUGUCAGGGGGUUAUGUUACUGCAUCCACCAUCGAGAGCGUUGUUUGCUAGGGAGGCGUAUAUGGAGGUAUGUUUCCCUCAUCUGUUCAUUCAUCAAGAAUCAAAAAAUAAAAAUUACAAACAACUAAUCAUUUCAAAACCACAGCAACUCCUCGACCUCCUCGAACCAGUCAACUGCCCCGCCAUCCAAUCAACCACCAUCAUAACCCUAGUCUGCGCUCUAAUCGACACCCCCAAAAACACACGUACAUUCGAGAAGCUCGAGGGACUCCUCGUCGUAACAUCCAUCUUCAAAUCUCGCGAAACAACGCGGGAAGUCAAGCUCAAGCUCGUCGAGUUUCUAUACUUCUACCUGAUGCCCGAAACGCCCUCCAUCCCAACUGCUAACUCGACCGUCUCGGUACCCCAGAUGCUACAGCGCAGUCCGUCAAAAUUGGCGGGUGCCUUUAAUAGGGUUGAUACGAAUCGGAAGAGGAGUGAUAGUGGAUCUGAUAUCACGAAGACGACGGAGGAGAAACAAUUCCUGUUGGGUCGGUUCUUGAAUAGUGUUGAUGAGUUGGUCGCGGAUUUGAGGGAGAGUACUCCGUUUGGUGGGGCAGUUUGUUAGCCAUUUCCGCUUCUGUCUUUCGUUUCCGUCUUCUUUUCAUUUUGUCUGGUGUUGGGAGUCAGACUUGAGACUGGCAUCUCCUUUUUAUAUUGAUUGGCAUUUCCCCCUUCAAUGUUCGGCGUUUUUGGAUGGAUGGAUGAAUGGAUGUAUGGAGGGCGUUGGGUACCAGCACAACGCACAGUACGUGUUUGGAAGAUUUCCUUCUCCAUCUUUGUCUUGUUCCGCGUCCCUUUUUAUCUCGGGAGAUGAGAAGGCGUCGGAUCGGAUUCUUUUCUUUGUAAUAAUUUCUAUAGUAAUCUCUCCUUUAUAGGAGUCAGGAUGAGUCUUCAGACACUGUAUCUCCUUGCUCUUUCAAGAAAAAUAAUCAAAUAUUUC